AGUAAAAAGAUAUAGCUAGUGUCACAAUGGCUAUGAUAUCUUCAAUUUCAAAGUUGCUUUUUGUUGCAAUAUGUCUUUUUGUUUAUAUGGGUUUGUCAUUUGGUGAUUUUUCUAUUGUGGGUUAUUCUCAAAAUGACUUGACAUCCACUGAAAGACUUAUUCAGCUAUUUGAAUCGUGGAUGUUGAAGCACAAUAAAAUUUAUAAAAAUAUUGAUGAGAAAAUCUACAGAUUUGAAAUUUUUAAAGAUAAUCUUAAAUAUAUUGAUGAGACAAAUAAGAAGAAUAACAGUUAUUGGCUUGGAUUAAAUGUGUUUGCUGAUAUGAGCAAUGAUGAAUUCAAAGAAAAGUAUACUGGUUCUAUUGCUGGAAAUUAUACAACAACCGAACUAUCAUACGAAGAAGUGCUUAAUGAUGGUGAUGUAAAUAUCCCGGAGUAUGUCGAUUGGAGACAAAAAGGAGCUGUCACUCCUGUAAAAAAUCAGGGUUCUUGUGGUAGUUGUUGGGCAUUCUCAGCUGUUGUAACUAUAGAGGGAAUAAUUAAGAUUAGAACUGACUUAAAUGAAUACUCAGAGCAAGAACUGCUUGACUGCGACAGACGUAGCUACGGGUGCAAUGGAGGUUACCCUUGGAGUGCACUUCAAUUAGUGGCUCAAUAUGGUAUUCACUACAGAAAUACUUACCCAUAUGAGGGAGUGCAACGUUAUUGUCGCUCAAGGGAGAAAGGUCCUUAUGCAGCCAAAACCGAUGGGGUUCGACAAGUGCAACCAUAUAAUGAAGGGGCUCUCUUAUAUUCAAUUGCAAACCAACCUGUGAGCGUUGUCCUUGAAGCUGCUGGAAAAGAUUUCCAAUUAUAUAGAGGGGGAAUAUUUGUGGGGCCAUGCGGAAACAAAGUAGAUCAUGCAGUCGCAGCAGUUGGGUAUGGACCAAAUUACAUACUCAUAAAGAAUUCAUGGGGUACAGGAUGGGGUGAAAAUGGAUAUAUAAGAAUCAAAAGAGGCACUGGAAACUCCUAUGGAGUAUGUGGACUUUAUACAAGCUCAUUCUAUCCUGUUAAAAACUGAUGAGAUCACGGCUUUCACAAAAUCCCUUAUAUAUAUAUAUAUAUAUAGAACUUGUAUACUCAUCGUGUGUUGAAUAUAAUAAAUGAGAGGAUUAAUAAUUUGUGUAAUCCUAUAUAUCAAAGUUUGUUGUGACAAACUUUUGCAUCGCUUGUUAUAUUAUUUGUAAUAAUGUUUGUUUUGAUUGAAUAAACUUUUACAUAUACUUUUAUGCA